CAGUACUACUAUAUUCUUUGCCUACUGCUGCUCAUUCAACUACUUCCUGCCCUUUUGUAUACAUUUUUACUAGAAACCAUCAAAAUGCGUAUCUCAUUCCCAGCAGCUCUUGUAGCCUUUGUAACUGGCGCCUCUGCAGCGGGCACUCUAGGUUUCGCCGUGGGUGUCAAGCGCGCAGACGGCUCGUGCAAGGUCACAGGCGAUUACGAGGCCGACUUGGACGCUAUCAAGAGCAACAGCGGCAGCACGACGGUCCGCGUCUUUGAUGCGUCCGAGUGCGAUGUGGUAGCACAGAUCCUCCCUGCUGCCCAGUCAAAGGCAUUCGGUGUAGUCCUCGGCGUCUGGCCCGAUACCGAUGCGCAGUACAACGCCGGCAAGGCCGCCAUCACCAACACCGCCGUCAACUUCAAGAACCAGGUCAUUGCGGUGACCGUUGGCUCCGAGGGUCUCUACCGCGGGACGUACACUGCGGACUUUCUCGUUGGCAAGCUGAAUGAUCUUCGAUCCGCGUCUCCCGGUUUCAAGUAUGGUACGGCCGACACGUGGAAUCGCUUCGCGGACGGCACUGCCGACCCCGUCCUGCAGGUCUCGGACAUUGCCCUCGUCAAUGCGUUCUCCUACUGGCAGGGCGCCAGUAUUGAUGCCGCACCCGGCGUCUUCCAGGAUUCCAUCGGCCAGGCCUUCAAUCACAUCAACUCGGUCAAGGGUGGCAUACCGCUGUGGGUGGGUGAGACGGGGUGGCCAUCCAGGGGCACGACGUACCAGAAUGCCGUUCCCACCGUGCAAAAUGCAGACACGUACUACCGACAAGCUGUGUGCGGAUCCCUGGGCCGUGGGACCAACGUUUUCGUCUUUGAGGCGCUCGAUGAGCCCUGGAAGCCGCAGUCUGUCGGCCAGGACGGCAGCUCGGCGGAUGAGACGAGCUGGGGUGUGAUGACGGCCGACAGGCAGCCCAAGUACAAUCUCAUGUGCUGAGGGUGUGUCAGCUUCACGUUGGAGAGGCCAGGAUAGUGUUCAGAGAGGACGGAUGCCGUGGGAAAACUCAUAUAAAGGCUCAGGUGGUAUAUAAUUGAGAGAGAGAAAAGUGAUUGAGA